AAAGUGACAGCAACUCUUGAAUUUCUGUCUGUGUCCUCAAGGAUUUGCCGUGGACGUUGUAGUUUACGACUGUUGUGUACUUGCACCGACUAUGUACAGAUUUUGGCACGCCCAGUGGGACCUCUCUACCUCUCAUCUCUUCACAAGAAUCCAAAUGGCAUCAAGAAUUCCCACGUCCAAGAUGACUUACGCUCAAGCUACCCGCUCCAAGGCAUCGUCCGUGGCCAGUUCCGAUGAUAGUCGCGAGAUGCAAGGUGCAAUGACUCGGAAUCGAGCAAGGAACAUGGGAGUGCAAGUGGCUGAAACUCAGAGCAUGGUGCGUAAUAUCAUCCGAAGGAUCGAAAGCAAGUCUACCGCUUCAAAGAAAGCUACACAUGAUGAGGGUUCAUCUUCUACAACGGGGACUGCUGGUGGCAAGAUUCCUACUCCCUCAAAUAAAGCUACUGAAAGUGGAAAUCCUUCGCUUACUCUUUCAGGAGGAACUGUUAGCAGUGGAAGCUCAUCCCCCAUGCCCAAGUCAUCGCCUUUGAGGAAAGCAGCACCGGAAUGGACUCGCGUCUGUACAGUCAUGCCUGCUAUGACAACCAACGCGGCUUCGGUGGAGGAGCAACUAGCAAACAUCACCAAAUCUCUCGAGGGUGUGACGACGCUUCUUCAUAACCAAGAUAGGAGGAUAAAUGACCUAGCUGAAAAGGUGGAGAGCAUGAGGAACGGCGAAACGAGUCGAGCUUCUGGGAAGCAGCCCCAAACUCAAAUGGAAGAGAUUGAUGGUGAAACGAAGAUUUGUCGUUUUAUAUUAGGCUGCAAUUUUAUAUCACAUUUGGAGGGCGAGAAACGGAGCGGUAUGGGAUGCAUGCUUGCCGACGCCGAGGAAACUCGUUGCGACAGCCGCUGCGACAUUGCAUGCUUGGCGACUGGUACACCGGAGCAGCAUCCGCCAACAAAACGCUGUCGAGCCGCCCGUCACUGCUGCAAUCCAUGCUGCCAGACGCCGCAACUAGCUGUGCCACCGCGUCUGUGCUACGUAGAUGCGGGUUAUCAUCACACAACGAACAGGGCUUCGGUUGGUGCCUUUCUCUUGGACGAGAAUGGGGGAUUUCUUGCGGCCUUCAACGCCAAACUCCCGGAUUGCUUAUCUCCGUUGAUGGCUGAGGCCUUCGCAUGCAAAGAAGCCUUGUCCUGGCUUAGGAAUCGGGGGGAGCAGACUAUUAAGCUAUUCACGGAUUGUCUACCUCUACAGCAUUAUUUGUCGCCCACUACGGGUCCAGUUCGUUCGUACGUCGGCUAUGCCAUAGAUAGUUGCAAUUUAAUAUGUCUUAUUUCGAUUUCUGUUCAGUUAGUUUUGUUUCUAGAUCAGAUAACUUUAUAGCUCACAUGCUAGCUUCUACAGCUUUUAGUCAGACUACUGCUAUGUGUUAGGAUUCUAUCCCGCUAGACGCUAUUUCAGCUU